UAUUUCCUCUCAAGGCUUAUGCUUAUGACUAUGUAUAUGACUCCACAGGAACGGUGCCAAGAUCAAAGAGCAGUUACCGGAAUUGAGUCCAUUACCUGAGGAGUUUGGGAGAAGGCGGUAGGACAGGUCCCGCCCUGCUCCAGGCUGGGUGUGUAAAGGUGUGAGUUUAGCAGUAGUUUCCUGCUCGCUGUGGCCUGGGCUCAGCCAACGUAAAAAUAGGGGGAAGCUAAGGCCACUCGCCCGCGCUCUGAGCGACGCUACUGUGCCCAUGGCAUAAAGUCACCCCUGGACCGGUACGAGUAGGGGCUUCCACCCCCGCACAUGGAACUAGAAGGCAACUAGAGGAGGAGAUAGAGAUGUGCGCUGCGCGAGGCCUGUGCUGUCCUUUGUGGACAAUGAUGCUGGGAAUCCUGUUCACUUGGCUGCUCCCACAGCUUGCAGGUAGGACACUAGAGUGGGUGGGACUUCAAUAUGGCUGCAACAUUCAUUCAGACUCUGUGAUCAUUUCCUUGCAACCUAAAGACAAUAUAACUAUAUUGAUAAAGCCUGGAGUUGUCAUCCCCCCACCAACAAACUGUUAUAUAUGCUCUGCAAAAUCUAUCUGUAAGAGUACUAAUCUAGAAAUCCGUCCUGGAAUGACCGUGGACUACAGUUUUGCCUGCUCCACUCCAGAGAAAUUUUAUGUUAUGGAAAUUCAGAGGAGAAUAGAUUGUAACACUGGUUUGUGUCCAUUUGGAAAAGUACAGCUUGAACCUCCUGGCUUGACUGGAUUAAACCGAACCUUCUUCUGGCAUGUAGAAACUGCUCAAAAUAUGGGCAUUGAACUAAACUUUUCUACUCCUUGGCUGAGUCAAAUUGACCCAUCAUAUAAAUGUCCGGAUUCAGUAACUUACAAAGUCAACACUACAGUGGGCAGAUCUUCUAUUAACGUUGGCACUUUCUGUCGGAGUGGAACAGUGUCUCGCAUUAAGGUCCAAGGUGGAGGUGUUGUUGCUUUAAAUUUGCCCUGGAAUGAAACACUGACUGGGUCUGGAUUCAGCAUUGCAAAUAGAUCUUCCAUUAAAAGAUUAUGCAUUAUUGAAUCCACUUUCCAGAGUCAGUCAGAUGCCAUUCUCAUGUCUGCCGAUUACCCAGUAGGAUUCCCAAAUGAUGACCUCAUGACCUGGCAGUUUGUCAUACCAGUUGAUCAUAGCGCCAGUGUGGAAUUUUUGAAUUAUACUUUUCCCAGCUGUGAAAGGAAAACAGAGCGGGUGGAAUAUUAUUUACCGAAUUACAAUUAUAACCCAGAAGUUUUAGCACUGGAUAAUAAGCAGCCAGCCAAUAUAGCUGGGAACUUCAACUUAUCCUUGCAGAACUGUGACUUGGACAGUCAAAAACAACAAGGCCUCACUUUACUUUUCAAAGUCACUGUUCAGAAAACCCCAACCCAAGGAAGUAAAAUUUACAACAUUGAUUUGACAAAGGAAAAGGAUAUAACGGUGACCAUAAUGCAGAGGCCCAAGCCCAAAUUCGCUCGACAGUUUGUUCCCAUCUGUAAAAUCUGCAAGGCGCAGAUGGACUGUGAUCAAGAGUUCACAAUGACAGGGGGAAAGUUUUACAGAAUUUCUUUCCUCUGUCAUGAUCUAAAUGUAUUGAUGGCAACAGCAGUGAAAACUAUAGCUUGUUGGAAUCUUAAAGCAUGCAACAUAAACAAUGAGCCUCUUUCUACACCCCCAUCUUUGCUUUUUCUUCCUAUUCAAUUGGAAAUCAUCUGGAAUUUACUGGCUCCUAAACAUAUCAGUACUGAAAUCGCAUCCAGCUCCAUGAAACUGCAUCAGCUUGUUUCAAACAACGCAACAGAUGAGGACUUCUUUUAUAGCAUUGUUAGCUCUGACAACAAGAGCAAUUUUCAAAUUGGAACAUUCCGCCCUGUUGGACCAAUCAAAAAGGUGCAGCUAAGAGACAAUGUUACCAUCACCCUGAUUUUGCAAAGUAACCGAAAUCUCAGCCAUCUCCCAAAAAUGGACCUGCAUAUUUCUUUUGUCUCUCGCAUUGAAGAAGAAUGUAUAAUUACCGUUGUUCCAGCUCCUGACUCUACAGUGACUUUACAGACCCCUAAUUGGGAAAAGGGACUGCCAGAUUCCGUGUCUGUCUCGUGGAACAUAGCGAUGCCUGCCAAGCAGUUUGGGAAGUUAGCAUUUGCAAAAGACAAAAUGGACAUCAUGUGUGAUACUGGCCGUGCAUUCAUUAAUAUAAAGGAACAGAAAUCUACCGGGCCAGAUAUUGUUCUGAAAGAUUAUGAUACCCUUCCCAGCUCCAUUAAUCUUUUCUAUCCUUUCUGGCUUAACAUCUCUAACUGCAAGCCUAAGUUCUUGUCCAAUAAGCUUCAGAUACAGUUUUCUGUUAUGUUCACCCAAACUAAAUCAGAUCUGACGACAAUAUUAAUUGCAGCUUGUUCUGCUAUUGCAGCAGUAAUUUUGAUUAUCGGAGUAGCUGUUUAUUGUGUCAGAAAAAAGAAAAAGGAGAAAAAAGCCCCAGUCGGGAUAUACAACACUAAACCGAACACAGAACUAUCUAAGCGCCAACGGUUGCAGAGAAAAGGAAGGAAAAAUAAAGAGUCCCAUGUCUAUGCAGUCAUUGAUGAUACAAUGGUUUAUGGUCAUUUGUUGAAAGAUACUUCUAGUUUGGCCAGUCCAGAUGCAAAUGUGGAUGUGUACCAGCCAUUUCAAGGCCCUAUGGGUGAAGCUCCUCCUGUUCCACCACUUAAUCGUAUCUCCAAAGAUAAAGUUGAUGACGAUCCACUUGCCUCUUCCAUGAGACUUAAUGAAUUUUACUCUUUCAAUAAAUCAGAAUUAAAUGAACCUAUAGAACAUGAAGACACAAGUCUUGAUAUGGUAGACCAGCAGGAAAAUGGGCCAGUGCUAAUGGCAUGAUAGAGAUAUGAAUUAGUUAGGGAAGCAAAACGAGCAGUAUCUGCUUUUAGGGAGGUUCACUUCUAAACAGGAUGAUUUGUCUUCAGAGCCAUUUCCUGUAAGCCAAUAACACCACUGACCAUUUGCCAUCAAAUAACUGUCUAUAGAAAGUAAAUUAAAAUACAGCAUAAUAAUUUUAAUAUUUUCAGUACCUUUAAUCUGUUUUCAUAUUGUGGGGGGGUUUGAUAUUCAUGCUUCUGCAAAAGUGUGUGUGGCAUUGUGGUUGUUGUUUGUUACAUAUCUUCUUUGUGUUUGUUUGUUUGUUUACUUGCCACUUGCUUUUCCUAAUUUAGCAGACCAUCUAUGACACUGCAACAAUUAUGCACUAUACUGUGUUCGUAUUUUUAUUUGUUAUAAAGAGUGACAUUUUUAUAGUAAUAUAAAUACAAUUGUACAGUGUGAAAAAGAUUCUUUGUCCCAAAGAAAUAAGCUUGAGCAUGUUUUUAAUUGUUCAUCCUGGAUGAUUUAGCAGGACAUUAUAGGGGUAGAUAAGAAGGGAUUUCUGAAUUUAAACACAAGUUUGGAGCUCUCCUACAUGGUCAAAACUGUCAAAUUCGACUAGAGAUUUAUCCAAACUCGAUUUGAGGUUAUUUUUU